CCCGUUCAAGCGGCAGAUGUCGCUGCGCAUCAGCGAGCUGCCGUCCAACCUGGAGCGCGCGCGCGCCGGGCUCGCCUCGCCGCCGCGCGCGCAGCCGUUGCCCGCGCCGCCCGCGCUGCUGGCCAAGCCCGAGCCGCCGCCCGCUGAGAACUCAAUCACCUCUCUCGGCUCGAUGAGCGAAGACCCAGUGGCGGCGAUGUGCCAGCAACUAUCGCUCGGUCUCCGCGCGCUGGCCGAGGCCGAGGCCGAGCCGGUGCCCGUCCGGGCGGCCGCCGCGCUGCCGCAUCCGGACGCGUGGCUCGGACGCGUGGCGCGCGCGCCGCCGCUCGCNAAUUAUUAG